CACACAAACAGCUUUGGGCGAACUGUCAGAAGAAGUUCAAACAGGAAGACGACCGCACCGGCUCGGUGUUAAAGCAGUCUAUUUACAGCAGUCAUGGCGGAGUUUUAAAGUUGACUAGACCCGUUGCCCUCAUGGAAAGUCAAGUGGAAGCCGUAGUGGCGCCAGGGCAACAUUAACGAAGCAUACCCGUCGUUUGAAACCAUCAAGAGGGGGGGGCUUCACUUCACUUGUGGCCAGACAAAGUGGCCUCGCUAAAGCUAACGCUAGCUGUGUUUGCGACGAACUUUGUUGAACUAAACUCAUCUCGUAAAUAACUUCUCUACACUUUCAACGCGGAUGCUGAUGACUUAAGUCCUAAUUUGUAUGUCUUCAGGAAGUUAUCUGGUUUAUGGUGUGCACGUCCCAGCGACGGUCCGCUGCGCUUUGAAUUUCCCUCCUUCUGGAAGACAGACAGGCGGCUUAGCGAGGAGUUCAGUCGGCGAGUUUGGCUCGGAACCAGAUCAUUAGCAACUCGGUGCUAAUUGUGGCUAGUUAGCCGGAGUGCCAGCCAGGCCCUGAGGAAAUUAUUGUUAUUAUUACUUGCUCUUUAUUAUUUUGGUUGUUCGUCAGCGCAUUCGUUUGCUUUGAGUGUCUUUUUUGCGUCAGCGAGAUUACCUCCAUGCGUAGACUAUUUUGACUUCAGUUGAAAGGAUUAACUUUACGAAUAUGGAUUCGCACACGGGAUACGCCGCCUCUGCUCCUGGUCCCAAGAAAGACAAGAAAUCAAAGAAGGGCUACGAGGACGGAGAGGGCAAAAAGAAAUUUACACUGAAACGUCUGUUUCCAGAUGAGUUGGAACGCUUCACCAGCAUGAGGAUAAAGAAGGACAAGGAGAAGUUGAGCCAUGUCCCUGGGCAGCGUCAUUCUGCAGCCGCAAAUUAUGAGAUCAGCACUCCCGGUGCAAUCCUGCAUGACCAUUCGGAUGAAUACGUUCUGGAGCUAUUUGAAAAGAUGUUGGUGGAUAUGAACUUGAACGACGAGAAGCAGCAGCCUCUCAGGGAAAAAGACAUCGUAAUUAAACGUGAAAUGGUCUCUCAGUACCUCCACACAUCUAAAGCGGGCCAAGAUCAGAAAGAGAGCUCCAAGUCCGCCAUGAUGUAUAUACAGGAGUUGAAGUCAGACUACCGAGAUGCACAGUUCCUGAGCUGUCUGGAGUCUUUACGGGUCUCGCUCAAUAAUAACCCUGUCAGUUGGGUGCAGAAUUUUGGAGAUGAAGGCCUGGCUCUUCUGUUAAAUCUGCUCAGAAGACUGCAAGAAGAGAAAGACGAGUACCCAAUGAUGGGAGUUAAAUGUCAACACGAGAUCAUACGCUGUCUCAAAGCCUUUAUGAACAACAAGUAUGGCUUAAAAUCCAUGCUGGACACAGAUGAGGGAAUUCCUCUGCUGGUCAGAGCCAUCAACCCGAGGGUGCCUCAUAUGAUGGUGGAUGCUGUCAAACUGCUUUCUGCCAUCUCUAUAUUGGAACACCAGGAGAAUCUUCAUGAACGUGUUCUAGAGGCCAUCACAGAGGAGGCAGAGAAACGGGACAUUGAGAGGUUUCAGCCUCUUCUGGCUGGCAUGAACAGUCACAACAUUGCAUUGAAGGGUGGCUGCAUGCAGCUAAUCAAUGCAUUAAUCAGUCGGGGAGAGGAGCUCGACUUCAGGAUCCAUAUUCGCUCUGAGCUUCUCAGAUUAGGACUCAGGGACUGCCUCAAGGAGGUUCGGACAAUAGAAAAUGAUGAGCUGAGGGUGCAACUCAGCGUCUUCGACGAACAGGCCGAAGACGACUCAGAUGAUCUGAAGGCUCGCCUCGAUGACAUCCGUAUUGAGAUGGAUGAUGUGAGGGAAGUAUUUGACAUUUUAGCCAACACAGUAAAGGACUCCAAAGCUGAAAACAACUUCUUGUCCCUGAUGCAACACCUCCUGCUGAUCCGCAAUGAUUAUCUGGCCAGGCCUCAGUACUACAAGUUAAUAGACGAGUGUGUUUCUCAGAUUGUGCUCCAUAGGAACGGAGCAGACCCAGACUUUAAAUGCCGCAACAUCAGUCUCAACAUUGAAAACCUAAUAGACAACAUGGUAAACCAAACCAAGGUGGAAACCAGUGAAGCAAAGGCUAUUGAGUUUGAGAAAAAGCUGGAUGCAGAGUUGACCGCACGCCACGAGUUACAGGUAGAGAUGAAGAAACUCGAGGGCGACUACGAACAAAAAUUGCAAGACUUGAGCCAAGAAAAAGAGCAACUGGCCUCCUCCAAUCAUGAGCGGGAAAAGGAGAACCAAGGCUUGCAGCAACAGCUCAGUGCUCUGAAACAGCAGGUUGAAACGCUAUCAAAAGAUUUGGAAGAAGCCAAGACUAAAGUUGUCACAGUUACUGUUCCUGUGCCAACACCUGGUGUGCCACCUGCACCUCCUGUCCCUGGCCAGAAAGGUGAUAUGCCUCCACCAGCACCACCUCCUCCCCAUCCUUUGCCAAACUAUGCAAUCAUACCACCACCACCUCCUCCUUUACCGGGGCAAAUCGGCAUGCCUCCUCCUCCCCCCUUACCGGGGAUGCCGGGCCCUCCACCACCCCCACCCUUACCGGGGAUGCCGGGCCCUCCACCACCCCCACCCUUACCGGGGAUGCCGGGCCCUCCACCACCUCCACCCUUACCGGGGAUGCCGGGCCCUCCACCACCCCCACCCUUACCGGGGAUGCCGGGCCCUCCACCACCCCCACCCUUACCGGGGAUGCCGGGCCCUCCACCACCUCCUCCACCACCAGGUGGUCCUGGUAUGCCUCCACCACCACCAGGUGGUCCUGGUAUGCCUCCACCACCACCAGGUGGUCCUGGUAUGCCUCCACCACCACCAUUUGGUGUGGGAGGUUGGGGAGCCCCUGCAGUAGUCCAACUGCCUUAUGGCCUACAGCCGAAGAAGGACUACAAGCCUGAAGUCCAACUGAAGAGGGCCAACUGGAGCAAGAUUGGACCUGAAGACCUUUCUGAGAAUAGCUUUUGGACCUUUGCCAAAGAGGAGAAAUAUGAAAACAAUGAGCUCUUUGCCAAACUCACCUUGGCCUUCUCCUCGCAGACUAAGACUACUAAAGGUAAGAAUGGCCAAAACCUACCAUUUGUUUUAAUUUCUUUCUAUAUCACAAUUCUCCUCUGCAAAGAGGACACACCAUACUUUCACCCUGAAAACCUUCUCAAAAUAAUAUGCUGCAUUAGUUUAUGUAGAAGGUACCCACACGUGGCUGUGUAUGCGCUCACCGUUGUGUGGUACAUCAGAUAAUUUUGCACUUUAGGGAUCUAAGAGAAAAAUUGACCCUGGGCUGAAGGUGAAAUGAGCGAUAAGAAGGAGGUCGCUGAUGCCCUUCGACAUGCCAACAGCUGUCCUGGCACAAAACGCUGACACAGGGCUCUCUACUCAAAUGCGCACACCUGUCCAAUCUCAUCACCUUGUCCCAGUGUCACCUAGCCUUCUGCUCCAACUCCUCCAUAUUCAUAUAAUAAUGAGAACACCAUCAACUUACAGGCAGUGCGUAUACGCGAGGGUGUUUGUGUGACCUUCCUUUACAGUUACUCACACAAAGAGAUGUGUCAUGAAUAAACAAAUUGGUACCUGUACUUCUGGCAUUUGAUGUCUGUUAAAAUGUCACUGUUGGCAGCUGUCCGAUCUACAUUCACCUUUAUGGCAAGUUGAAACGUUCCCCUGUCACAUCUCAAUUUUAAAAUGCCCUUUUCUCAUUGCAAUGACCCAUAUCCCACCACUUCCAUUUUUAUUGGCCAGGACAGCCACCCAUUCCAGAUGAUGUCUACUAACCUUUAAUGAGAGCUUACUAUAUAAAGACACUCUGGCCUUUUCAUAAGCUCCCACCUGUCUGUUGCAUGCAUGCACUGCAUUGGCAUUCUACUAUCUGUGAGGAGAAAAAAAAAAAACUCCUGUUGGAAUCAAACAUUAAAAAAUACCGGCAGUUUGAGUCCAGGUUACAUUGUCUGUUUUCUUAGGGAACUGAAAUGCCAAGAGUGCAUUAUUUGAAUGUUAGUGAGACGAAGAAAAAUCUAGGGUGAACGUCUCAGACUUAAACCAGGUCUUGCAUUUGUCUAUGUGCCUUGUUAAAUUCGAAUUUGUAUAUCAGCCUUUGAAAAUGUCUAAAGGCUAUGUGAAGUUCUUUUGUAAGCAUCUUCUAUAUGUAGUGUGUGCUUUGACAGCAAAUGUGAUUCAACCCACACUCUAUUGAUAUACAUGUUUGUGUUGCCCUAUAAGCAGAGAGCUCCAGUUAUGCAGUGACCCUUCACCUCAUGUCUAUUUUCCUCUUACUAAAAUGUACCUCUCAAGGCCUAAUGCAUUCUUCCUGAGCUCCUUAUCCUCCUCCUCUCUCACCUUUGGGAACCCAGUUUCAUUCCUCUUGAUUCCUUCCUUGCUGCCCUUUCUCCUGCUCUUGCGCCUCCCUUUCCUCAUUAUGCUGCGAAGGCAGGCAGACACUACACCAAGCCAUCACUCACCCUUACUGACCCUUCGUUCCUUCCAUCAACAGCCAAGCAGAAUACACACCCACGCAGAAACAAUGCAUGCUGGGGAAUACUGUGCUCAAUGCAAGGUUAUGGCUUAUGGACUUUGAACUUUGUGGCAGGACAGUAAUAGGAUUGUGGCAGUCAUGUCUACUGCCUGCACAGUCCUUGACAGACAUGGCACAUGGGGGGAUAUUUGCUCAACAUAUCUUCAGUAACAAUAAGCAAUAAGAUGGAAAAGGGCCAAGGAUAUAUUGACUUCUGCUCCCAUUUUAUUUAAAUGAUCUUUUUUCAGUUACAGUUUUUUCCCCCACUUUAACUGGAGCAAAAUGUCGACAACCUUGUUUGGUUUGCACCACUUAAACUGCUUGAGGCCACAGCGCAUUCAUUAUCUGGUGUUUGUGUGUAAUUAUUCUCCUAGCAUCUACAGAGAAUCAAUCAUCAAGCUUUUUUAAAACAUUUUAUAAGUUGUCUGUGGUUUCUUUCUGUUUAAUUCUUCAUUUAAAUUCUAUUAAUAUGUCUGACCUCAAUAAGCUGCUGCUGCCGCUGUUAGCUUUACACAUGCAUACACUCACAGAUCAUCUCCCGGUGUUUUCCACUUACUCAAGAAUGGAGCUCACGUAUUAUUAGCGAUAUGUGUUUUGUUCUCUGUCAUUAAACUGAGAGAGGUUUGGGAAAUAAAGAAUGCAAACGGUUAUGCUUUUCAUCGGGUGGUCUAGAACAUUCUCGGGCGUAAUUGCUGGCUUCAUGCAGUUUGGCUCUCUGUGGAACAUUGUAUAACUUUGUGUGACUUUGGUGAACAUUAUUUUCUUUUGCACUUUGUGGGUGUUUUGGCCUGUAAUCAGACACCUGGUGUGACUGUAUGUAAUAAUAAACAGUCCAAUUCUUACCAGAAGAUUUGGCAUCAAGGCUUAUGUUACUGUGCAAAAGAUUUUUCUCCCCACAAGGUUUUUGUUUUUUUCUAUGAAGUGUAUUGCUCUUUCAUCGUGUCCAAUAUAGGAGAAAAUUAUAUGCCACCCCCUACCCUUUAUUUAGAAAAACAAAAAAUCAUUUGGUUCUUAAUCUUCAUUCUGUAAGAAAAUUGUUGGCUUGUGAAACCAAGACCUCAGAUAUCACUGUUACCAAAAGAACAUGUUAUAAAGGCGACAAUGGAAAAGCAAAAUAUCGAAUAAGAAGGCUGGGUUGCGACAAUAUUGGUGAUUAAUUUGACUCAGGAGAAAAGAGUAGAAAAGGACCAAGAGCAUAAAUGAUUAUUAAUCCUCACAAAGGAAGGAUAAUGUUCAUACCCAAUUCUCAAUCCUGUCGACUUUUCUUCUGUCUCAGUUACUACUUUUAUGUGGUCUGUGGUAAGGUGACCUAUUUUUUCUUAACUGGCAUAAUUUUGCAAACCAAGUGAGAGUUUAUACUGUUGUUUCACAUGAUACAUAAACACUUUAUAGUGAAAUAUAUAAUCCUGUAAUGCAUUGUCUUUAUGCAAUCCAAACAGUUUCGUUUCAAAGAGAUGCAAUGUUUAUUGUUGAAGGAGUUCCGCAUGUUUGUGUGCUUUGCUGAACAGAGUAGGCGGCUCAGCUUAGCUACAUUUGCGGAACAAUUAUAAUAUGCCUUUUGAUCUGCCUGCGUUCACAAAAAUACAUUUUGCUCCUAGUAGGUAUAAGGGUUGGAAAAAAAUAAUGGAAACACGUAACAUUUUGGCGUCAUAAUCAUUUAACAUAAAUAUUAAAGAAUGGCAUGAGGAACAUUCUAAUGAAGUUGACCAUCUCGUAUGGCCGGCAUAAUUCCCAUACCUCAACAAUAUUGAGCAUUUAUGGUCAGUUUUAGAGAUUCAACUAAGUCGAUUUCCACCGCCAUCGUCUCUAAAAGAGUUAGAGAGCAUUCUAACUGAAGAAUGGCUUAAAAUCGUAUGAAUCAAUACGUUGGACAAUUAACAUUAACCUGAAAAUAGAUAAAGCAGAGUGCACACUGAAAUAAUACCACAGUGAUUUUGAAAAGGCACAUAUUAGAGUAAUAGUAACUAAUAAUAAAGGCGCAGAAUAACAUUAUCUGGCUUUGCCAAAAAGGCAAAGACCAGAUAAUAAAUAUAUAGUACUAUCAAUACCUCAGAGAAUUAACAUUAACCUGAAAAUAAAGCAGAGUGCACACUGAAAUAAUACCACAGUGAUUUUGAAAAGGCACAUAUUAGAGUAAUAUUAACUAAUAUUA